AUGACAGCAACAGCGAUCAACAUCCAUCAGGCAUCCCCUGACAGCCAGUAUUUCUCUAUUGUUGGAGGUCAGUUUGGGCAGCUCAGCAUGGCUACAGUCUACACUGAGAGCAACGAAGACAAGGAGCCCCAACCAAUGAGCUGCAUGACCUUCUUGUGCAAGUUCUACUCGCCCAAGAACAUUUACAACAAGUUCCGCGAGCAUAUCGAGAAGAGUGACGAGUACGCUCCUUUCUUUGCUCAGCCGCAGGACUGCGAUGGAGCUUACUCGAGGAGAGAGCGCUUCCUCGUCUUUGUCAACUCCACGGUCGUGGUCUUCGCAGUCUCGGCCUUCAUCGUGUCUAUGGAGCAGAGACAGCAAACUUUGCCGCCGGGCUUCUCCUACUUGAUGUCAGCGUUGCUGAGUCAGAUCUUUCAGUUCAUAAUGUUCAACCCCAUCAUCAAGAAGCUGCUCGAGCUCAAGAUGGACCGAAAGGGAGCAUGCGGAAUCUGUCUCAAGGCCUCCAUCCUACUCGCUAUCCUCGUCUUCUACUCUCUCUCCAUCGCCCUCGGCGUUCUCUUCAUCGUGUCGUCACUUCACUGCAACGCCUAUGACUUCGCCAACCCGGCUGCUGCCUCUCCUGCCCUGCUCGCCCCCAGCAGCUCCUCCAACUCCAGCUCUGCGCCCUCGAGAAUCGUCUAUGUCUGCGCUUCAAAGAACUUCACCAACGCGGGGGACUACUGCAGGCAGCUCGGGGGGCGACUACCUACCCUGGAGGAAGAGAAGGAGAAGGAGGAGGAGGAGGUGUUUGCGUACCUCAAGGACCAGAAGUAUAAGACUAGCACAUUCGGCAACACCUGCUGGACGGGCAAGAAGACUGUGUUGGAUAAACCUGACCCCGGGUUCGGAUGCGUGACCGCAAACUACUUUCGCAACCCGCUGGUGACCACGGUGGGCUUGAACGAGGACGAGAUGUGCAGCAUCGUCUAUCCCUUCGUGUGCCAGGUGACGGGGCUCAGCAAGGAGAGCGAGGAGGUGCUGGGCUCCUGCUCCUGCGUCUUCAACACCAAGGAGGUCAUCGUCUCGCUGAUCCUGACGUACCUGGCCGGCUUCAUCGGAGGCAACAAGCUCGGCUAUCUCAGGACGAUGAUAUUCGCCCCCUUGGUCUUCCUCGUGCAGCAGCAGAAGAGGAAGAGGUCGAUCUUCGACCCAAUGCGCUGCUUGCUCAACAACCCUAUCUUCUGCUCCAUCCGCCUCGCCUGCGUCGCCGACUGGGGGCGGGCGGACGCUUCAGGCAUGCCAGCAGUGAGCGGGAGCGAGGAGUGGCAAGGUUUCUUCUUCUCCCCCUUCUUCUGCUACGACGAGCCGACCAACCUGUGCUUCUGCUCCUCGGCUGACAGGGAGGAGAAGGAGAAGGUCAAGGAGGUCGAGCCUUGA